AUGCUGACCAGCUGCGCGCACGUGAAGUGGCGCGACGAGACGUUUUUGGAGGCUGCGGCGAAUGCUUUAAAGUUUCUUAUCGAGCAGAAGCGGUUCGAUUUGCCGAGCCUGGCGUGCUGCUGGAACGCGUUCCGGCUUCUGGAGUACGGGGACAGUGUGACAGUUUUUUUCCCCGCUUCUCUGAAACACAUCCGCAAGCAGGUGAAGUCGCACCCGCUGAAAAGCAGGGAUCUGGCCUAUCUACUACGCUACUGUGCGCACUUCAAAUAUGGAAGCGUCAGGCUUGAAAUCGUCACAGUUGAAAUAAUUUGUAAUGCAUAAAAUGCAACGCAAAGAUUGCCUCUAUUGCAGAGGACGCAAGGGAUGCAGAUUGCAAGCCUGUUGCGGGGUAGAAAUAGAGCUGCUAAAAUAGCAUGACAACGAGCGCCUUCCUUACCCAAGCAGCAUUACAAACUGGAUUUCGGCUCUACCCAAAUUUGUCAUGCGCCGCUUAGAAAUUGGGCUUCCAACUGGUAUCGAUUUUAUGCAUCACAAACUAUUUCAACUUUGACAAUUUCAAUCCUGACGCUCCCAUAUCAAAACGCAUUUGGUGGAGCUCGAGGAACUGCCGCGGCUAGUAGCGGGUAGUAGUAUAUCCUGAGUAAAAACGUACCCACACCAGAGUUGUCAUGCAGAUUUGCCAUGACAGGAACAGUUGUGAUGCGCAACCCCAUGGCAGGCAUUUUCAAUCGUGUUUGGGAACUUGUAAUGCUGUAAACAGGAUUAGCAGAUCGAUUUGUGAUGCGGCUUUCCUUGCUAACUUGCACUACCUUACGGACUGAAACUUGCCAUGCGUGACUCCCAAAACUCCUAGGCUUGUGUUGCAAAGUCCCCAUCUUGACUCUGGUGUGGGGACGUUUUUAAUCAGGAUAUAGUACUAAAACGUCGAGAAGACUGAACUCAGCAGUUAGGGCCACAACUUCGAAGAAGAAAAAUGGCCGAACGUCGCCCAUUAAGUUUCGUAGACGAAUGCUAAGGAAGCGAAGUACCAUGUUCUUUAUCGGGAGCAGCACGAAGAAGUACGACACACGGACCAGGAGCAGGAUGUCCACCAUCCGAACCCCGUUUUAUCAGAUAUGGGGUUCUCAGACGUUACAUUCUCAAGUGUUACAUGAUUUGUCAUGCAAAAUGACCAUGACCCGCCAGACGAUCGCCCACCCCCCGGGGAGGGGAUCCUUGACCUGUGGCGCUGGGUGCGGGUGUCCACUAAAUGACGAGGAUGAUGAAGCUGCUUCGCAUGACAAAUUCUCGGAGGGCUAGAUAGCACUUUAGUGGUCCGCGCCAAACCUGUAAUGCAAGACGCGCAAGGUAGUUCUCCCUCUCAUCUGUGCUAGUCUUGCAUUACAAAUUCAUGUAACAGUUGAGAAUGUAACAGUUGAGAACGCCAUACCAGACGCUUCUGGACACCUGCCUGAACAAGAUGGGCAGCAUAUUACAGUGAAAAAUGCCACCACCUCCCCCAAAGUUGCAAUAAUUUGUGAUGCGAAGUUUCCAAAUGAAAUUUUUUUGUCAUGCAUAAAAGGAUUAUGAACCUUUCUGAUGCAGAGUCUCAGGCGUAUAUAGCGUUGCUUGCAUGACAAGCGCCGCUCUUGCUGGGAUCUUUUGCACUACAAAUUUUUGCUAUUCACGAUUGAAAACCUGUGAUGCUGAUAGACGCAAGAGGGCGAAUGUUUCCCUUGGGAAGGUUUGCAAUACAAAUGCUCCCGAGCAGUUCGGGGGUGGGGGCAUUUUUCAUUGUAGUACAGCAUGCGUGUCGCGGAGCUUCACCACGUCGCGAUGGCCACGAUCGUAUGAACUGCAAAAAUGUCUGGGUCUGGAAUAUUGCCAGGUGUGUCAUGCAUAUUUGGCAUGACCCAUGAUGCCUGUAAUGCAUGACUCAGCAUCACAGAUUUUCAUUUUUGGAGGGUUUUCUGAUGCCUACUCCGCAUGAGAAAUGCCCUAUCCACCGGCGUAGCACGAACUGGACUCCUCCACCUGCUGGUCACACAAUACAGAUUUUUUUAGAAUUCAAAGACAGCAUGACAAGUUGCAUCCUUCCAGACCCAGACAUAUUUGCACUGCAUAGAUCGAACUCCAGCAGGUGGACUAUGGGACGAGUCUCAAACAUUAACGUUCUCAACUGUUACCAGAAUUUGCGAUGGAAGUACAAUAGCAAAACAUAAAGAGACCACCCACCUUGCGCGUCUUGCAUUACAGAUUUGGAACGGAUUCUAAUGCUACCUAGCGCGGCGUCGAGAACUUGUCAUGCGAAGCAGCUUGGCCGUGUGCAGUGUGAUAGUGACUCUGCGUGACAAAUUCAUGUAACAGUUGAGAAGCUAACGCUUGAGAACGCCAUAUGGACGGAAGAAUUUGGGACGCCCUUGGGAUCCACUUCCUGCGCAACGCGGAGAACCUGGAUUGGCGCAGCUUUUUCCAGUUCUCCAUGACCGUCGCCCGGUUUUUCGAUGAGAGGAACGCGGUGAAGAGUCAUAUUACCGGCCGCGCCCGACCAUCUAGUCAGAAAGAUGGCGUUGUUUUCGGCUCUAGCGCAACAUUCGGCUCUUCUAGCGCAAAACUAAAAAGGAGUGCGACAAGAAGUAAAUCAAGAAGUAGUACAACAGCAUCCAGAAAAACAAAACUGGUUCCAAACGCCUUUCCCCUCGGGGGAGAGAGCUACUUCAAGGUACUCGAAGCGAAAAUUAACGAGG